AGUGCUUCUGCAUACUCUAUAACAUCAUUCUCCCUGACAGGCGCCCAAUGCUUCGUUCGAACAUCCGAUUGGGCUGUUGAAGUGUUCUGGGAAAGCCAUAGAGGUGUUGUAUUGCGUUGCCUAUACAUUAUUAUGAAUAGGAAAACACCAAGAAAGCAACUGAAAACGAAUCAAUUUAUAAUCUGUAUUCAUAACCUCACAAGUCAUAGGACAUGCAACGAACUUCCGUGAAGGGAAGAAAUCAUUCAAAGGUAGAAGAAGUAUAAAGGGCAAACGAUUCAUUGCUGGAAUUAUUUUAGUGUCAAGUUAAAUAAGUCAUCAAUUUUUACUACCUGCCCUGCCAACUCUUGUUUCUUCUGUCUCUUUUUCUUCCAAUAAAACCAGUUUCAGGCUCGCACCUAACAUCUUAAAGUUCAUAAUUUUCUUAAAUCAACACAAAACCCAGCAAACAAUCGAUCCUUCCAAUCCAUUUGUCUCUCUAAUUCCAUCGGUAGUUCAGUUCGGUGCUUUUCAGUUAUAGGAAUCAUGGGUUUGUUUCAAUAUAGUAGAGUCUUGAGUUUUUGUCUACUUCUUGUGUUCAAGACUUGUAUUGCUGGAUCUCAAUAUGUUGGGAAAAUAUAUCCUGGGUUUGAGGCAUCACACAUGGAGUGGAUUGAUAACGAUGGCCUGUUUUUGCGAUCUAACAACUCGGUUUUCGCUUGUGGAUUUUACACUGCCCUGGAUGGUCAAUCCUUUUUGCUUGUUGUCAUUCACAUUAGUAGUGCCAAAGUUGUUUGGACUGCUAAUAGAGGCAAAUUGGUUAAAGGAUCUGAUAAGUUUGUGUUUGGGGAGAAUGGGAAUGUUUAUUUGCAACAGGGAAAUGGUGUUGCUUGGUCCUCUAAUACUACUGGAGAGAAAGUUGCAUCCAUGGAAUUGCAGGACUCAGGCAAUUUCGUGUUGCUCGGGGAGGAUGGAGGUGUUGUUUGGCAGAGUUAUAGCAAUCCCACUGAUACUCUUUUACCCGGCCAGGAGUUUUCUGAAGGAAUGAGACUGAAAAGUUUUCCCAAUAGCAACAACGUGAGUGUUUUUCUUGAAAUAAAGUCUGAUGAUUUGGUGUUAUAUGCAGGCUAUCAGACUCCACAAACCUAUUGGUCCUUGACAAAUGAUAGCCGAAAAACCAAUAAUAGUGUUAGUGGCAAGGUCCAUUCUGCAUAUCUGGAGUCCAAUGCAUGGAGUUUCUAUGAUCAGAAUAAGAAAUUGCUUUGGCAGUUGGUCUUCACUGAGAAUACCGAUCCCAGUGCUACAUGGGCUGCCAUUUUAGGCUCUGAUGGGACCAUUACGUUUUCUAAUCUUCACAAGGGAAGUCAAGUUGCUUCUGAGGCAUUCAAGAUUCCUCAAGACUCUUGUGGCACUCCUGAGCAUUGUAGCCCCUAUUAUGUGUGCUAUUUCGAGAAUCGGUGCCAGUGCCCUUCUUCUCUUCAAUCUUUCAGUUGCAAACCUCCAAUUGGUUUAACGUGUGAUGACUCCAAGGAUUCAUCAGAGCUUUUCUAUGUUGGCAAAAAUCUUUAUUAUUUUGCACUUGGGUUUGUGAAACCCCUUUCAAGAUUCAAUGUUGAGGCUUGCAAAGAAGCAUGCCUUCAUAACUGCUCCUGCUCUGCACUGUUCUUUGAAAAUAGUAAUCAAAAUUGCUAUCUGUUUGAUGAAAUAGGUACUUUGCAACGCUCUCAGCAGGGUUCAGCUGGUUAUGUUUCAUAUGUGAAGGUCGUGAGUGGAACUAGUAAAGGAAGAGGAAACGGGGUAAAGAAGACUCUAUUGAUAUUGUUUAUAGUUAUUGCAAACAUAAUUGCUGUUGCUGGUCUUCUUUAUCUGGGAGUAUGGUACCACAGAAUGAAGAGAUCAAUGACAUUUUCUCAAGAGAACUUGGAAGAGGACACUUUCUUGGACAGUUUUUCUGGCAUGCCUAUUCGCUUCAGUUAUAGUGAUCUUAGUAGAGCAACUAAAAGCUUCACUACAAAGGUUGGUCAAGGAGGCUUCGGCUCUGUUUAUCUAGGUGUGCUACCGGAUGGAACCCAAUUGGCUGUUAAAAAAUUGGAGGGCAUUGGGCAGGGGAAGAAGGAGUUUAGAGCUGAAGUAAGUAUAAUUGGGAGUAUACAUCACGUCCAUCUGGUUAGACUCAAAGGCUUCUGUUCUGAGGGGGCUCACCAGCUUCUUGUUUAUGAGUACAUGGCAAACAGGUCUUUGGAUAAAUGGAUUUUCAAGACUGAUAAUGAAAGUCAAUUGUUGAGUUGGAGUACAAGAUUCAAUAUUGCAGUGGGCACUGCAAAGGGAUUAGCUUAUCUGCAUGAGGAAUGUGAAGUGAAGAUUGUUCACUGUGACAUAAAACCUGAGAAUGUUCUUCUUGAUGAUCAUUUCACUGCCAAAGUUUCGGAUUUUGGCUUGGCAAAGCUGAUGAACCGCGAAGAAAGCCUUGUAUAUACAACAUUGAGGGGUACAAGGGGGUACCUUGCACCAGAAUGGAUAACAAACAAUCCAAUUUCAGAGAAGAGUGAUGUAUAUAGCUACGGCAUGGUCUUGCUCGAGAUAAUCGGAGGCAGGAAAUCUUAUGAACCAGGGAUUGAUACAGAGAAAGCCCAUUUUCGUUCAUAUGCCUUCAAGAUGCUGGAAGAAAGAAGACCAAGCGAAAUCCUUGAUCCGAGGCUAGAGAUCAAUGAGAAUGAUGAGCAAGUUCUCACUGCAAUCAAAGUUGCAUUGUGGUGCAUACAAGAUGAGAUGCAUCUGAGACCACCAAUGACUAAAGUCGUCCAAAUGCUUGAAGGGCUAUGUGUUGUGCCUCAGCCACCUACCCCUUCUCAGCUAAAUUGUCGGGCAUACUCAGGUUGUUUCAAGUGGAGCGAUCAUGGUAGUUCAUCAGGACUACUUGGUGACCGUAGUGGCAUACUUCUAUCAGCUGUUCAACUAUCAGGUCCAAGAUAAUACAAGCAACGUAAUAAGGGAGGCAUAUACACAGAUUUGAGAGCUUUCUAGUAUAACAGGUAUCAUUUUACUCUCUGUAGCAUUUGAAUCAUUAGACUUCCUGGUGCUAUGUAUUUCAUUCAUUAUGCUGGUAACUUGUAAAUUAUAUCAACUGAAAUCACUUCAGACCCAAUGAAAAUUUAAGUGUGUCAAUUUUGUGAAA